UCAUUACUGAUUAGAACGACAACAAUGGCUCUGGCAGCCAUUUUUAAAACCUUCCAUUGCUUCUCUCAUCAUCAUCACUCACUCCCACAUGCUUCCAAGAAACGCCUUAACCUUUCGAUUUCUGAACAAUCCCGAGAUGAAUGUUUCCUCCUUCUCUCUUCUUCCUUCUUCCUUUCUCGGAAUCCCCGUUUCUUCCUCCUCCUGAUUCUCUGGACAUUGCAAGGGAAUUCAGAUGCUGUACUGCUGCUGCUCCUGCUGCGUCCGAUUCUGUUUUUGUUCUGCGAGAGACCAGGUUUGGGAGUUGUUAGAUCCUUGCAAUUAUGUUUUCCAAUUAGUUUGAGGAUACAGAGUUUUAAGAUAGUUUAACACCAAGAAUCGCUCUGAGGAUUUAUCUCCUGAAGGCUUGUUGGAACCAUAUACUGAACCAUCUACAAUACGUUUGAUCAUCGUUAACCUUCUUCCUAUUUGUAAUUGUUGGAAGUUUGAAUCUCUUAAAAAUGAAAGAGAUGGACAAGAGAAAAACUCCUGUUAAGAACCAGAGUAAACGAACUCCUAGAGCAGAGAGGAAAGAACGCAGAUCACAUCAAGAGAAUAAUAACAAAACCGUGGAGGCUAAAGAAUCCAUACCAAAGGGAUCUCAUAUGAAGUCGAACAGUUUAGUUAGCGAGUCAAACACAAACAUGAAACCCUCCGAUGUUCAUCAAAACUUGGUUAUAGAUCAUGUUGCUGAUGCCAACAAGUUUGAGCCGGAGAAACAUCAAGAUUCUGAAGCCAAUGUGAUUGCUGAAAGGGGGAAUGAGAAUGUUGUGGAUAAUAAAUGUACUGCAUUGGAGAAAGAUGUAAAUCACAGGAAGGAAGAAAUUUCAGACUCAGAGACCAUGACAGAUUCAAAUUCAUCAAAAAGUGAUUCGUUGACAAUGAAGGAAGAGAAAGUAGAAAGGGCUUCAAAUUUUCCUGAAAAUAUUUUAGAGGAUAACAGUUCAGAUUGCUCUCUUCAGAAUUCGAGUGAACAGUUUGAUCAUGGAGUGAAUAAAUCACCAUCCGAGGAAUUAUCUUGUACUCCAAAGAAAACAUCAAAUUCAGAUAGAGACCCACCAAGAGUUAAAAACAAGAAGUCUUCCAAAAGCAAUUCUAGGAGUGCAAAAAUUGUGCCUAAACCUUCAUCAGAGUCUUCUGAAGGAACUGAUUACCAGAUUGUUGAUGAGGUAAAAGAUAUUGAAGUCUUGGAUGAGGCAUUAAAUGGCGUUCUCAGCAUUAGAAACGGUGCCGAUACUAAUGGUGACCAUGACAAUCAGGCUGUUUCUGAACAAAAAAUUGAAGAAAUGGAAAAUAGAAUUGAUAAACUUGAAGAAGAGUUGAGAGUUGUUGCGGCUCUUGAAAUGUCUCUUUAUUCAGUAGUACCAGAGCAUGGGAGCUCAGUGCAUAAAGUGCAUACACCUGCUCGACGCUUGUCUAGAAUUUACAUUUAUGCUUGCAAACAUUGGUCUCAAGACAAGCGAGCCACAGUUGCAAAGAACAUUGUAUCGGGGCUAGUUUUAAUUGCUAAAUCAUGCGGGAGUGAUGUUCCGAGGUUAACUUUCUGGCUAUCAAAUACUAUUGUGAUGAGGGAGAUAACAUCUCAAACAUUUGGCAGCCUUCGUAGCUCAAACCCAUUGAAAAUUUUUGUUGAUGCCAACAACAGUAGUCAGAAAAAUGGUUGGAAGCCAACAGCCGUUCAAUGGAGGAAUAGUUAUGGCAAUAAACAAGUAAAUUCAUACAUGCAAUCUGUAGAGGAUUGGCAAGAGACGGGAACUUUUAUGGCCGCAUUAGAAAAAGUUGAAUUCUGGAUCUUUUCUCGGAUUGUUGAGUCUGUUUGGUGGCAGUCGUUAACUCCGAAUAUGCAACCUCGAGAUCCAUCCAGAAACAAAAUCAGGGAACGGUUAAUGGGACCUGCCUUGGGUGAUCAGCAGCAAGGGAACUAUUCAGUUAACCUUUGGAGAAGUACUUUCCAGGAUGCUUUUCAACGACUCUGUCCUGUCCGAGCAAGUGGUCAUGAGUGUGGCUGUCUUCCUGUUCUAGCAAGAAUGGUUAUGGAACAGUGUGUUUCGAGGUUAGAUGUGGCAAUGUUUAAUGCUAUUCUUCGUGAGUCUUCCCAUGAGAUUCCAACUGAUCCUGUCUCAGAUCCUAUUGUUGAUGCCAAGGUUCUUCCUAUACCUGCUGGAGAUUUGAGCUUUGGAUCCGGUGCACAGCUAAAAAAUUCUGUUGGAAAUUGGUCUAGAUGGUUAACUGACAUGGUUGGCAUUGAUGCUGACGACUCUUCGGUAGAUCAACAUGGCAGUGACGAUGACAUUAAACCUGAUGGGGAUGGAAGACCCCAUUCAUUUCCUCUACUUAAUUCGUUGAGUGAUCUCUUGAUGCUUCCAAAAGAUAUGCUUACGGAUCGUUCAAUCAGAAAGGAGGUCUGCCCUUUGAUUAGUCUUCCGCUGAUUACAAGAAUACUUUGUAACUUCACUCCUGAUGAGUUCUGCCCCGAUCCCGUUCCAGGAACCGUCUUGGAGUCUCUUAAUGCUGAGAGUAUUGGCGAACAGAGAGUGUCGGGUUACUCGGGGAGGAACUUCCCCUACAUAGCUGCUCCAGUUUUUUAUAUUUCUCCUUCAACAUCGGACGUGGCAGAAAAAGUUGCCGAGGCUGGAGGAAAAUCCCAUUUGGAAAGAAACAUCUCUACCAUUCAGAGGAAGGGAUAUACGAGCGAUGAAGAACUCGAGGAACUGGAUUCUCCUCUAUUGUCAAUUGUCGAUAAAUCAACAUCAACUUUGUCUUUGACAUACAAUUCUCUUGGUAAUGGCGGUACAACGCUCAACAUGAGGUACAAACUCCUACGAGAAGUAUGGUCGGUAUGACGAAUGCUCAAAUGAUUUUAGUAUGUAUUUUAUCUACAGCAUAUAUACAUUGUUUCUUUUAUGAAAGAUUCGAAUUUGAAUGAGAUAUAUAGAAAUAAAAUAGGGGGAAGUGUUAGCCGAUCUAGAUUAUCAUAGAAAGUAUCGGGUAUCUCAACCGAAUUUUCUUGUAAAUUGGAUUUGAGUUUUGUUCUUAUAUAUAAAUCAUGAACACCUUUAUAUAAA